AUGGAUGCUGAUAUGCUUGUUCGAAUGGGUUUCUUUAUUAAUGAUCUACAUCGUGAUAUUCAACGACUACAUUCGAAACAAUUUGAUGGUCAUCAAGUAGGCACAACAUUUACAGUUUAUCGUGGUCAAGGACUUUUGAAAGAAGAUUUUACCGAAAUGACAAAAACAAAAGGUGGACUUCUUUCAUUUAAUAACUUUUUAUCAACUAGUAAAAAUCGUAAUGUUCCUCUCGUUUUCGCACAACAAGCUGCUACAAAUCCUGAUCUUGUUGGAGUUCUAUUUGUUAUGUCCAUUAAUCCUACUGAUUCAACAACUCCAUUUGCUUGUGUUAGUGAUGUUAGUUAUUUUCAUACAGAAGAUGAAGUUCUCUUCUCUAUGCAUACAAUUUUCCGUAUUGGAGAUAUUCAACCAAUGGAUGGAAAUAAUCGUCUUUAUAAAGUAAAUUUAAUAUUGACCAGUGACAACGAUCAACAUCUUCGUACUCUUACUGAUCGUAUACGACAAGAGACUUCUUCAAAUUCGACAGGAUGGUUCAAAUUAGGUAGAUUGCUAAUUAAAAUGGGUCAGUUUAAGAAGGCUCAAGAAGUGUAUGAAGUUUUACUUCAUCAAACAACGGAUGAAAGUAAAAAGGCCCUUAUUUAUCAUCAACAAGGUUUGAUCAAAUAUAAUCAAGGAGAAUACCAAGAAGCACUCGCAUAUUACGAAAAAGCACUUGCUAUCUAUCAAAAAACACUUCCUUCCAAUGAUAUUAAUUUGGCUAAUUCCUAUAACGACAUCGGUCUGGUGUAUAACAAUAUGGGUGAUUAUCCAAAAGCACUUUUAUCUCAUGAAAAAGCCCUUGUAAUUCGACAACAAUCACUGCCUUCUGACCAUCCUGAUUUGGGUAUGUCCUAUAACAAUAUCGGUAUCGUGUAUGACAGCAUGGGUGAUUAUCCAAAAGCACUUUUAUCUCAUGAAAAAGCCCUUGCAAUUCGACAACAAUCACUUCCUUCUAAUCAUCCUAGUUUGGGUGCUUCCUAUAACAACAUCGGUGUCCUGUAUAAGAAUAUGGGUGAUUAUCCAAAAGCACUUUCGUCUUAUGAAAAAGCUCUUGCAAUUAAACAACAAUCACUUCCUUCCAACCAUCCUGAUUUGGGUGCUUCCUAUAACAACAUCGGUAGUGUGUAUUACAACAUGGGUGACUAUUCAAAAGCACUUUCUAAUUAUGAAAAAGCCCUUGAGAUUCAACAACAAUCACUUCCCUCCAAUCACCCUGAUCUGGGUGCUUCCUAUAACAACAUCGGUCUGGUGUAUAACAAUAUGGGACAUUAUUCAAAAGCUCAUUCAUUUUAUGAACAUGCUGUACAAAAUGGACAACAAUCAUUACCAACAAAUCAUCCUGAUCUUCAACAAUGGAGAAAAAACCUCGAAAACAUAAAAAAGAAAUUAUAA